CGGCGGGGGAGGACGAUGGAGGACAUUGCUCCAUUCCCUCUUCUUCUUUUCUUUUUCUCUUCAUCAUCUGUCACUUAUUGAUUCUUUUGUCAGUCUGAUACUAUCAUCAAUUAUAUAUCCUCACUCCAGUCAGAAUGGCUUCUCAAGCAGCGCUGUUGAUCGGACCCAUCACUCAUGCCAGAAAGGAAUGGGAGGAUCUGUCGUCACUUCUGACCCUCAAGGAAUUCCCUACAGGCACCCGCGAGGAAUUCAUCCAGAAUUGCAAGGAUGGUAAAUACGACGACGUGGUGGUGAUCUAUCGAUCGAAUACAUCAAACAAGUACACCGGUCCAUUUGACGCUGAGAUGUUGUCGGUGUUGCCUUCAUCUUUGAAGUAUAUUUGCCAUAACGGGGCUGGAUAUGAUAACAUUGACAUUUCCGGUUGUUCGCAAAAAGGAAUCUCCGUGUCCAGCACUCCCGUCGCUGUUAACAACGCCACAGCCGAUGUAGGCAUUUUCCUGAUGAUCGGUGCUUUGCGACAGGCUCAUGUGCCAUUGUCUUCACUUCGCGCAGGCCAAUGGCUAGGAAACACUACGCUGGGUCGCGAUCCUCAAAACAAGGUUCUCGGGAUUCUCGGAAUGGGAGGUAUUGGACGGGAAAUGGCCAACCGCGCAAAGGCGUUUGGGAUGAAGAUCCAGUACCACAACCGCUCACGGCUGUCCCCGGAACUAGAAGGAGAUGCGACAUAUGUCUCGUUCGAUGAGUUGCUCGCCACUUCAGAUGUGCUGAGUCUGAAUCUCGCCCUGAAUGCAUCUACCCGUCAUAUCAUUGGGGAGUCGGAGUUUAAGAAAAUGAAGGAUGGUAUUGUGAUCGUUAACACUGCCCGGGGUGCUCUCAUUGAUGAGAAAGCGCUGGUCGCUGCAUUGGAGUCCGGAAAGGUCCUAUCGGCCGGUCUGGAUGUUUAUGAAAAUGAGCCGGCUGUAGAGGCAGGUCUCGUGAACAACCCUCGAGUGAUGCUGUUGCCACAUAUCGGAACCAUGACAUAUGAGACACAAAAGGAGAUGGAAAUUCUGGUGCUGAACAACUUGCGUUCAGCCAUCACCAAGGGCGAGAUGAUCACCCAAGUGCCAGAGCAGAAGAAGUGAGGCCGAGAGUACUAGUUAUAACUAGAUAGAUCGACAUAGAUCAGCGGAGGGUAUGAAGUAGAGAUGGCUCGAAAUCUGUUUCAUUAGCGACAUGCUGUGGGUGUUAGAUUAGACAAUCAAGAUUCAAUAUCCAAGUUUAUUAUAAUACUGAGUUGCAGACAAU